ACUGGAAAUCGAAGUGACGGCUAGCUUUACCGCCGCACGAGAGGGAGAAUGGAUGCGUUAAAUAAACUCAAACAAUUUGACGCGUAUCCGAAAACUCUAGAGGACUUCAGGAUCAAAACAUGUGGAGGAGCCACGGUGACCAUCAUCAGUGGACUUAUCAUGCUGAUUCUGUUCUUCUCCGAGCUGCAGUAUUAUCUAACUAAAGAGGUGCAUCCUGAACUAUUUGUUGACACUUCCAGAGGAGACAAACUAAGGAUCAACAUUGAUGUUAUAUUUCCACAUAUGCCUUGCGCCUACCUGAGCAUUGAUGCCAUGGACGUAGCAGGGGAGCAGCAGCUGGACGUGGAGCAUAACCUUUUUAAACAGAGACUUGACAAAGACGGUCAGCCAGUCACAACAGAGGCUGAAAAACAUGAUUUAGGCAAAGAGGAGGAAGGUGUGUUUGACCCCAGCACGCUUGAUCCUGACCGCUGUGAAAGCUGCUACGGAGCUGAGACUGACGAUUUAAAGUGUUGCAACACCUGUGAUGACGUGCGGGAGGCGUAUCGGCGACGGGGCUGGGCAUUUAAGACCCCUGACACCAUUGAGCAGUGCAAAAGAGAGGGAUUCAGCCAGAAGAUGCAGGAACAGAAAAAUGAGGGAUGUCAAGUUUAUGGCUUUCUGGAGGUCAAUAAGGUGGCAGGAAAUUUCCAUUUUGCCCCUGGAAAGAGUUUCCAGCAGUCUCAUGUUCAUGUGCAUGCUGUGGAGAUUCAUGAUCUGCAAAGCUUUGGCCUAGACAAUAUCAACAUGACACAUUUCAUCAAACAUCUUUCAUUUGGCAAAGACUAUCCUGGAAUUGUCAACCCCUUAGAUGAUACUAAUGUAGCAGCACCUCAAGCCUCAAUGAUGUACCAGUAUUUUGUGAAAAUUGUGCCAACGAUAUAUGUUAAAGGAGAUGGAGAGGUUGUUAAAACGAACCAGUUUUCAGUAACGAGACAUGAGAAAAUUGCUAACGGGCUGAUUGGAGAUCAGGGUUUACCUGGUGUGUUUGUGCUGUAUGAGCUCUCUCCGAUGAUGGUCAAGUUCACAGAGAAGCAGAGGUCUUUCACCCAUUUCCUAACAGGAGUUUGUGCUAUUAUUGGAGGUGUUUUCACAGUUGCCGGACUCAUCGAUUCUUUGAUAUACCACUCCGCGAGAGCCAUCCAGAAGAAAAUUGAGCUGGGCAAAGCAUCCUAGCACAACAGAGACUCCGCCGUACGUGACUGUGUCCGGAAACCUCUGUGUAUGAAAAGGCAGAAGCCACAAUCAAAGCCCCCCAGACUGAUUACUGUUGUGGCCACAGAGCAGAAUGUAUCCGUCGACACAGCAGCACAGGAGCCGCAGCAGGACCUGUGACGCACAGACUGUAUUUUGGAGGAUCCUACGGACAUUAGCAUCAGCGCUGCGCUGACGACGCAUCAGUUGUUUACCUCUGCAAAUCAAAGCUUUUAUUUCCCCCCUGAGAUUUUUGGCCUUUGAAUUUCUUUGUUCGCUCCUUAGUUAAAAAUUUGUACCUGAUCACGAAACCAGUGUUUUCCUGCCUCGCUGAACACGGGCACAGUUUGGCAGAUGAAACCAGCAGUUUUAGCAGUUGUUUGAGUUGAGUAUUGGUCACUACAGAUGAAGCAGAACUGGAAAAAACACACAGAAGAGGUUUUAACAGGACUCUUGUUCUGUCCUCAAGCACACAAACACAGAGACUGCAGUCUGUACAGAUGUCGGAUGAUUGUUUUUUGUUUGUUUUUUUGUAAUUGCACCUUUAACUCUAAAUUCAGGGGCUGGGGUGUGUGUGUGAGAGAGAGAGCACAUGUCUGCUAGUGUGUGUGAGUGUGUUUGAUAAUGGAUGUUUGGUAUGAGUGAAGUUUUUGUCGUGUUGUUGCCAGUUGAUUUUUGUGUGGGAAAGAUGUAUUUAUAUUUUGAUUGUUUGAAAAGCCUUUUUUAAAAUGAGAAAUAAAUGUAACUGAACUUC